GUUGUCAGUUGAGCUGAGGCCUGAGGUGGUCAGGUCAACCACUCGCUCACAGUAUCUGACUAACAAAAAUUUCUUCGGAAUUUUCUCCAGAGAUCCGAUUUUUGUACUUCGGCCUCUAAUCUUUCUACGCUUUCACUUAGACCCCAUCCCCCACCGAAACGCCGAAAGAGUUUGAAAAAUGCGUGACAAGUGAAAACCCUUUUGCCUUCUCUUUCCCCGGUUCCUUCACAAGCUCGACCAUCCUCUCUUCAUCUUCCUUCCAACAGCUCUUCAGCUGCCGUAAUCCCUGGCAAGUGAUUGCUUUCAUCCACUGAGAAGAAAAGUGGAUGUCAAAAACCAAGAAAAUUGCAUCUUUCUGCUGAAAGAACAUUAGCCAGGAUGGGAGGUUGCUGUUGUUCUGCAAGAAAGCCCCUGCUCCAUGGAACCCCUGUAUUUUACUAUUGCCCACCAUCUUCAGAGGAGCGUGACUCUUUGACCUCAAAUGACAGUGCUGCUAGUGGAUUCCUUGUUGAUUUGAACCUUGAUACAUCAAGUCCCGACACUUUUCGGCCCCCACCCCCACCCAUUCCCUUUGACAUAGUUUUGGGUUGUCCACAACCAGCAAAUGCUGAACCUACUGAAGAUUCAACGAUCAGUAAUAGUUAUGAUAAAGCUACCUGCCUAAAUGUUAAAGUGUCUGAGUGCAAAGCUGAAUCUGACUUGCCUCUUCCUUCUCCAAGGAAAAAUGAGCUUGAGCAUCUAAAACCAAACCCACUUGCCAUCUCAUUUGUGGAAGAAGAGGAUGUUUGUCCCACUUGCCUUGAAGAGUACAAUGCCGACAACCCAAGAAUCAACACAAAAUGCAACCAUCAUUUCCACCUUUCAUGCAUCCUUGAGUGGAUGGAAAGAAGUGACACGUGCCCUGUAUGCGAUCAGGAAAUGAUAUAUGAACCUCUCUGAUACUUUCAAGACACAAAGGUGCAGUUACUAGUUAUCUUGAACAUGGAACACCAUAUCGCUUUACCCUUCUUAUCAGUUCUCAGUAUAGUAAUAGCAUAUAAAAGGCAGUAAUAGUUUAGUGCUCCGCAUUAGUUGAUCAACCGUCUUGGACAGUUCCUCGCAUGGAGUAAAGCCAGUUAUGUGUUCUCCAUUUCUAGACACCCUGAAAUGCAUGGCUAGGUAUACAUUCUGGAUUAGUAAGGUUAUGUGAUGAUCAAGCUGUUUAUUUGUUGAAGGAAGCCAACCAUGGCCAGUCCGUUUUAUGCAGAGGCCAAAACCGCUUUGAUGCUUAGUAAGCACACCUUGGAAAUCCCUCCCUUGUUAUCACCAUCCUGUACAGAUUUAUUUUUUCUUGCUUUUGUAAUUUCAUGCAUUUUUCUGUAAAUAUUCCCGCAUUUCUGUUUAUAUUCUCUUUGGUGGAUUUGGUUGUUGUAUUUGGUCUAUAUCAUAAAUAUGAAAUGUGAUUCAUUCCAAAUAUUCAUCCAAGAACUUCAGUUCUGCU